AUGGCCAUGCCCGUCUGCGCCGGCAGCCGCGCCCUGCCUGCCGAGCCCGCGGCAACCGCGUUGCCGCUGCUCCCGACCCCGGCGCUCCACGCCCCGGGCCACUCCCUUUCGCUCUGGCCAUCGGCCCCGCUCGCGCGACCGCGCCCUCGCGCCGUCCAGCCGCCGCCCUUGCUCCCCGUGCCGAACCCCGUCGCCGUGCGCCGCAUCCACGGCCGCAUCCGCGUCGCGCCGGCCGCUUGCUAUGCGCGCCCGCACGCACCCUCCUGCGUCGCGCUUGGCCGCCGCCCCCCUCACCCCGCAGACCCGCUCCAGCCAGCUGCGGCUGCCCUGCCGUGGCCGCCGGCCAUCCGCGCGCACCCGGGUCCAGGCGACCCUGUGCCCACGCCCGUAGCUGCAGUCGCCCGCGCCCCGUGCAUGAUUAGUGUACGAUUGAAUCGGGGGCGUCACACGGAGGAGCUCCACCCCGGCGAGUCUCAAAGCCCCGCCACGUCAGCCAGAUUCGCACCGUCCGACCCGCAGGAGGAAACAGGUGGAGGCGGCUACCAGAGCUGGCAGAGGAUGGCGGUUGGCGGCACCGGGAGCUGGAGAGGUUGGGGACUAGGCGUCGCGGGGAUCCGGGGAGAUGGGGGCAUGCGGCGCUGGGAUCCAGGGAGGAGGUAG